CACCCCUGUAGUGAGAGGACAGAGAGGACCCGGAAGGCCCUUUGCAUUGGGACUGCUAGUUUUCUGUGGGUCACACGCAAGGUCUCUCAUGGAGGGUGUCACGGUGGUCCUCCUCCUUAUCUGGACUCUGAUAUCUCCCAGCAGCAACGGCAAAGCCUGGCCCCCACACACGGUCUGCCGGGAUGGAAACUUGGAAGUGUUCUACCAGAGUUGUGAUCCACUACAAGAUUUUGGCUUUUCUGUUGACCAGUGUUCUAAACACUUGAAGUCAAAUCUCAACAUUAGGCUUGGAAUCGUUCUGAGAGAGGACAUCAAAGAGCUGUUUCUUGACAUAGCUCUCUUCACUAAAGGAUCGUCCAUUUUGAAUUUCUCCUAUCCCAUCUGUGAAGAGGACCUACCGAAGUUUUCCUUCUGCGGGAGAAGGAAAGGGGAGCAGAUUUAUUAUGCUGGCCCCAUCAAUAAUCCUGGAUUUGAAAUUCUCGAGAAUUUUGGAGAUUGGGAAGCCCAAGAUCAAGGUGCUGGCAGAUUCAGUGUGUGAUGAGAUGCUGUUUCCCGGUUUAUAGGAGCUGUGUUCUUGAACAUGGAGGAAGUGCAAGGCAGCUCUCUGGGACUUUUUUCUUAAGGGCACUAAGCCUAUUCAUGAGGGCUAGACCCUCAUCACCUAAUCUCCUCCCAAAGGCCCCACCUCCAGAUACCAUCUCCUUGGGAGUUAGGAUUUCAACAUGUGACUUAGGAAGGACACAAACCAUUUGUCAAUAAGAGGUAGGAAGGAGCUAAAGCCCCUUUCCCUAAUUUAUUUCUCCUGUCCCUCCUACGUGAUUGAGGCAGUCUUCCAGCCCUGCCCUUGCCCAUAAGCCCACAUUCCUUUUUAAGUAUUCAGAUGAUUCCUUGGCAUCUAGAUUUCUUUCUUCUAAGUGCAGCUAGUUUUAUCAGACCUGGGAUGGGGCAUGUCCACUGAGCCUCGUCCUGGAACCAUGAACUCCAAAGAGGAUUGAAGAGAAAUAUCCAGGUCCAAAUUUCCCCCAAACAAAAACAUUCUUUUUUUUUUUUUUUACAUUUAUUUACUUUUGAGAGACAGAGAGAGACAGAGCAUAAGUGGGGGAGGGGCAGAGAGAGAGGGAGACACAGAAUCCAGAAUCUGAAGCAGGUUCCAGGCUCCAAGCUGUCAGCACAGAGCCUGACGUGGGGCUUGAACCCACAAAUUGUGAGAUGGUGACCUGAAUCUAAAUCGGAAGCUUAAAGGACUGAGCCACCCAGGCACCCCUUCCCUAAACAGAAACAUUCUAACCAGGCCAAACAGGCCCAGGAAAGAAAAUGUGCAUAAUUCUUAAUUAAAUUUGUUUCUUGUAAAAGGAAAAAAGCAAAGAAAAGAUACACAUGCAAAAAGGAGGAACUAAAUGUAACAUCUGCACAUUUAACAAUUACAUCUGCCUUCAGCGAAAAUAACCCAAAAUAGCUAGCAAGAGAAGGGAAAGGGCCACAUCCUGAUUUUAACCCGAAUUGUGAGGGAGGCGGUUCAUCGGGUCUCAGCAGUUCAAGUUCAGAUUUGAAUCAGCUGCAUUUUUUGUCAGUCAGCAAAACAAGUUCCUCUAAUUUCCUGAUCAUUUUCUCUGGCAGGCAGGGGCUCCAGAAGAAUUGGGAAAGAGCUAGUUUACAUCCAGUUUGUAAAUAACUUCAGUGGCUCCAUUUGGAACUGAAGGCUUCAGCUACCUUCAGAUGCACCAGACUGAACUUUCUUCCCCCCCCCCACCCCCACCCCACUCUCCUCUCACCCAGCUUUCCUUUAAAAUGUGUGACAAAACCAAAUUCUUUCCCCCAGUAUCUUGGUCUCCUCACUCCUGUGGAAAAGAAUUUAUGCAUGGAUGUUAUUUCAGCUGAAAACAAUGAUUUCUUCCCUUAGCUGAUAUUUUUAUGGAUUCCCUGAAACCCAAGCAAGGUCUAGAAAAAAAGAAAACAUCCAUGCCGCAGAAGCCUGUAUCAUUUUAUUGUGGCUUUCCCUUCUUCUAUUCAGAAAUGGAAGAGAAUUUGAGAAGGGGCCAGAAAAUAUUAUAGAAAUGAUUAAAGGGAUACAACCAGGCUUCAGCAUAAAGAGAAAUUAAAAGGAUUUUAAAUGAGUGGGCUUAGAAAGAUAGCAUCUGAGAAGUCAGAACAACAACAAUAAUAAAAAUAAUAAUACCAUGGCUUGAAAGCUAACCAUUAUUUGAGCAUUUGCUAUGUGCCAGACAUUGAUACAUAUACACAUAUUUUUCCUAUCUCAAUAACAGCCGGUGCGCAGGUGAUAAGGUAAUUCAAGUUGUAGAAGAGGAAGCUGGUGUUACAGAAGGGAGGUAACCACCCGCCCCCCUCCCCCCCUCCCGUCCCCCUUCCCAUGAGCCCAGCAGGCUGGGAUUUAAAUCGGUCUGACUGCAAACCCAGGCUCUUGCUGGCUGAUGCUGCCCCUGCUUGCUUGGUUGGAGGUCAUAUAGUAGGGAGCACUUUAUGGGUUUAGCUGUGGGCUUGCAGAAUUUAAGUCAAGAAGCAACCAGGCUAUAAACAAAGGUGGGCUAAUAAAGAGUUCUAUUAACCCAUUGAUGAGAGCAGAAAAGAAAAAAAGAAAAGAAAAAAAAAAAAGACCAUGAAUGUUUAAGGAAUAUACUGAACUACUGAGUUUCAUGAUUUGAAAGAGCUACACUCUUCAACAACAACCAAAACACAAAACAAAACAAAAAACUCUUGGUCAUUCAUGUCAAACCUGCCUGGAUGAAUUGGAUGAAUAGUCCAGGAGAGCCUUGCUUUUUCACUUUCUCCCUUCCUCCCUCCAUCCUUCCCUUCCUGCCUCCCUUCCCUUCCUUCCUUCUUGUUUUCUUUCUUCCCUUCUUUUCUUCAGUAAAUUUUUUAUCCAGCACCACCUACUUGCUGACCACUGUAUUAAAGAUAGUACAUAGAAUAUAGAAAUGAAUAAUAUAUAAUUCCUGUCUUAUAUUUUAGGCAAAGGAAAGAAGCAAAGUAUCAAAAAUCUUUAGGAUGAGUAGUCCGUGGUAGGUAGCAAGAAAGAGGAACAGAACACUCUGGCUUCAUGGGGAGGGUGUACAGGGUUGGCUUCAUGGUGGAAGGAGCCAUGAGCUGGCCCUUGAAGGAUGGUGACAUUAGAGACCCUGGUGCCCAUGAUGGAAGCAGUCCCAGCUCUGGCUUCCUGGCUAUCAAUCUGGUGUUUCAUUCCCAGUGACUGGCGCAUACUGUAUUUCUGCUAUCAUUAGGCAAUGAAUUUGAUUUUAGAUGAAAUGAAGUACAUAAUAAAACACUCUCACCCAAGCACAGGCUUUUCUGUUAAUGCUUAGUUACAAUCCCCAGAACUGAAAGAAUCAGCAAGCGUUUCUUGAAGCUUAUUGUGAACCCACAUCUCAGUCUGAGCCCAUCUCCCCAUCAAAGGGUGCCCUUGCCUCCCUCUCAAGGAACUCCUUUCCGUCCCUCCCUGGUGAGAAGGUAUUCUCU